CCGCGGGCAGGUGAUCCUGACCGUGAAUCAAGACCACCGGCAACUCUGUACAGAAGUUUCUUCAGUCUCCACACUGUGAACUAACCGAAAAUAUUCCAAGGGUUUGAACUUGAAUCCUAUCUCAUCAUCAUCAUCAUCAUCAUUUCAAUUUCCUCCUUCCCACAACAAAUUCUCUGUUCAGCAUCCGCGCGGAAGUGCAAAAUCCAAUGGACAGGCUCAAUUUAGCCCUAACAUCUCCUCCCAAGUUUGUUCUACUCGGCUAUUCUUCCACUUCUACUAUCUCCACUGCCACUCGAACCAAUCAAUUAUGCGGAAGCAGGCGCCUCGCGAGGUCCAGGAUCAAGUCUCCACCUCCUUUUCCAAGGAUUUGUGCUUCUGCCGUUAAUCGUCGACCCAACCACCGUAUCGUCGUGGCUGAACGGUUCGCAAGUGUUUCUUCUUCGACAACUAGCAAUCAAUCAUCUUCCGUUGGUGUUCCAUCAGUAUCAGUUCCUCCCCCCUCAUCUUAUGUAGGGUCGCCUCUCUUUUGGGUUGGUGUUGGUGUUGGCCUUUCGGCAUUGUUUUCAUGGGUGGCUUCUUACUUAAAGAAAUAUGCAAUGCAACAAGCUUUCAAGACAAUGAUGUCUCAAAUGAAUUCUCAAAACAGCCCGAUUAGUAAUCCUCCACAAUCUUCUGGACCAUCUUUUCCAAUACCUUUGACAUUUGGGACUGGCACGACCGCACCUCCAUCUGUUUCUGAACCCAAUGCUUCAAUUGAUGUAACUGCAACAAAAGUUGAAGAUGAACCAGUUAGUAAUGUUACAAAUGGGGCAGAGAUCAAGGAAUCAAAGAAGUUUGCUUUUGUAGAUAUCUCUCCUGAUGAAACUAACCAAAAGAGUCCCUUCGAAAGCAACGAAGAUGUCACAGACACAAGUUUUUCAAAGAGUGCUCAGCUUACUGAGGAACUUCCACAGAAUGGAGCUGCUUCUAAGCAGGCUUUUACCGGUUCAGAGGGACCCCAGUUCAACCAAAAACCUGGCUCAGUCUUAUCAGUGGAAGCUGUGGAGAAAAUGAUGGAAGAUCCGACAGUGCAGAAGAUGAUAUAUCCCCAUUUGCCUGAAGAGAUGAGAAAUCCAGAAACAUUCAAGUGGAUGAUGCAAAAUCCACAAUAUCGUCAGCAAUUAGAAGAAAUGCUUAACAAUAUGAGUGGAAGCCCUCAAUGGGAUGGCCGCCUCAUGGACUCCUUGAAAAACUUUGAUCUUAGCAGCCCUGAAGUUAAGCAACAAUUUGAUCAAAUUGGGCUUACACCUGAAGAAGUUAUUUCAAAAAUUAUGGCCAAUCCAGAAAUCGCAAUGGCAUUUCAAAAUCCGAGAGUUCAAGCAGCCAUUAUGGAUUGUUCACAAAAUCCAUUGAGUAUAACAAAGUAUCAAAAUGACAAAGAGGUCAUGGACGUUUUCAAUAAGAUAUCAGAACUAUUCCCCGGAGUCCCCGGAGCACCAUGAUAGUUGUAGCUAUUUUAGUUACUGAAGAGUAUAUGAUAAGAUGUGAAACCAAAUAUGGAAGAUUGAGCACGCUUCCCGUCCCGUUGUAAGAUAAGUCGAAGAACGAUACUUUUACGCCUUCCCUGAAAUGAAGUUAGUCAGGAACGGUCUCACCUGGUUCAAUUAUAUGAAAUAUAUUGGAAUUUUUGUUUGGGUGAGCUAAUUCUUUUUUCCUUUUUAAACUAAGUUUUUGGUGUAUUACCCUAAUAGUGGCAUUGCAUUUAAUUUAAUAAACUUGAUAGGGACAUCUGUUUCAUGUAGUAGUUAGAUUGUAAGAGUCUUCUACAGGUUCCUUCUGAAAGCUGCUUGAUAUAAUAUUAAAGUAGUCAAUGUAAUUUAAUAAGUAAUUUUGGCACGUUCUUA